CUACGUCCUGCGCGACGGCGCAAGGACGGCUCCACAGCGCGGCGUCUGAGGCGGAAGUGGCGCGGCCGUCGCUCUCGGGCGCUCACUGCCGGCUCCGGGUGUUGCGAGGAGCCGUCCGCCAGCCGCCGCGUCUCCUGCUCUCGCCGCCCCUCCAUGUGCCCGGGCGCCGCCGUUUCGCCUCGGGCCGCCGCUCACCCCGGGGUCUAUGGAAGUGAUGGAAGGACCCCUCAACCUUGCUCACCAACAGAGCCGACGUGCAGACCGUUUGUUAGCUGCUGGGAAAUACGAAGAAGCGAUUUCUUGUCACAAAAAGGCUACAGACUUGAACAUUCCUCCUGCCUCAGCCUUCCCCAGUCCUUGGAUUACAGCUUAUCUCUCUGAAGCCAUGAAGUUGACACAGUCUGAGCAGGCUCACCUAUCACUGGAAUUGCAACGGGACAGCCACAUGAAACAGCUUCUCCUCAUCCAGGAGAGGUGGAAGAGAGCCAAGCGCGAGGAGCGGUUGAAAGCACAGCACAGCACGGACAGGGACGGAACCCCCCACCUGCAGGCAUCUCACAAGCCCUCUGAGGACAUGGAGGGUCAGAACCCUCUUCUUUGUCAGACGUACAUCCCUUCCACAGAGAAGCGCCUCCCUGAGCUUCAGGGGGUCUUCGACAGGGAUCCAGACACACUGCUAUAUUUACUUCAGCAAAAGAAUGAACCAACAGAGCCGUGUAUUGGAAGCAAAGCCCCAAAAGAUGAUAAAACAAUAAUAGAGGAGCAGGCAACCAAAAUUGCAGAUUUGAAGAGGCAUGUGGAGUUCCUCGUGGCUGAGAAUGAAAGAUUAAGAAAAGAAAAUAAACAACUAAAGGCUGAGAAGGCCAGACUCCUGAAAGGACCAACAGAAAAGGAGCUGGACGUUGAUGCCGACUUUGUAGAAAAGUCAGAGCUGUGGAGCUUGCCACCACACUCGGACACUGCCACAGCCUCUUCAACGUGGCAGAAGUUUGCUGCGAAUACUGGGAAAGGCAAGGACAUUCCAAUACCCAAUCUUCCGCCUCUGGAUUUUCCUUCUCCAGAACUUCCUCUUAUGGAGUUCUCUGAGGACAUUCUGAAAGGAUUCAUGAAUGAUUAAAACGGAAGGCAUUGGAGAGGCUGGUGACAGUUCAUCCAGAAAAGAGUACAGAGGGAAAGCCACGCCCAGGGGAAUCCCAGAAAUGCUCCUUCAUCUGGUGUACUGUGGGAGAAGAGGCCGUGCCAGGACCUGGGAAAGUCACUGUGAAACAUCACUUAUCUUACGACUAAAGCUCGUGAUUCCGACUUGGCAGACACUGAACUCUGGAUGGAGGUUCGCUUUCUUAUGAUACAAACCAAAUGGCUACCUGGAAUAAUUUUUCAAACAGUUAUUUUUCUUAUCUUCAGGGUUAAAUGUAUAAAAGUAUGUCAUGUGUAAUUAAUCUAUAAUGCCAUAAAUGAUAAUGCAAAAGCUAAAUAUGGUGGCCUGAGAGGCUCACUUGUAUUUGGAACAUGCUUUCUAUCAUGCAUUGACUGUAUGCAUUUUAUGCACAUUUUGUUUGUUGAGAUACGGUGUGUAAGAUACACCCUUCCAGAUGGAACUGUAUGUGCCACAGUUUGCACUACUCGUAACAUAAUGAUUAUAACCUCAAGAUUAUCAGGAGAAAUAUUUAAAUUUCCAUUUUAUGAAGAAAGGAACCAAAUUAUUAGUUAUGCUUUUUUAAAAAAUUACCAGUUUACAUAAUUAAUCAGGGUGCAUUUUAAGUUCUAACUUUGUGUUAUAUGAUGCAUCAUUUGAAAAUACUGAGGAACUCUUCCUUUGUUCUGAAUGAUGCAUGUGUGAAAGUAAUGCUAGUUAGCAGUAUUUGAUUGUAAGACAUCAAUAAAGUAAUUGUGUUUCAUA